AUGUACGUGACGUCGGACGGCGAGUCGAGCGCGUCGCCGACCGAGGACUGGGAGGCGCUGUACAGCAGCGACGACAUGUCGCGCAAGCCGCGGAUGGCAGCGCCGCCGCCGCCCAACGCGGCCACGGUGAGCAAGUACCGCGACGACACCGAGGACGAGAACGAGCCGGACCCGUGGAACGCCAUUGCCGUGGUCGGCCUGCGCGUCUACUCCAAGGACGAGGACCUCGAACUGCGCGUCGUCAUCGAGGGCGGCGAGCUCGAGGAGGGCGGCAUGGGCGAGAAGGGCGGCGUCGAUCUGGAUAAUGCCCAGGCGAAUGCCGGCGGCGCGCGGACGGCGCGCGUGGAGAAGAAGGAGGGCGAGGCGGCGGCGCACGAGGAUGAUGCCGAGGCGUAUGAGGGGGAUAGUGAGGUGGAGAAGAAGAAGGGCCGGGCGAAGAAGGGGAAGAAGGAGGGGGACAAGAGCGAUACCGAGGUGGAGAAGGAGAACAAGGAGAAGCAGGACGAGAAGGAGAAGGAGAAAGACAAGACGGAUGACGGGAUGGCGCCGUAUCCCGUCAUUGUCCAGAAGGGCAAAGGCGACGAGGAGUACGAGACGGCCGUGGAGUCCAUGCUGGACUAG